UGCUAGUUUAAGGCCCAUUUCUCAUAAAGUCACAGCUAGCCAAAUAAUUGGCACUGUAGUUUAACCAAUCCACAGUCCGCAACCUCAGCCACCUAGCUAGCUAUAUUACAUAGCCGCACCACCUCGACAGUGAUAGCCAGCUAACGCUAAUGGCUUGGUGACAAUGUAGGGUAGGUUGCAUGCCAGCUUGUCUUUGCUCUGCUGCCUCAUCGCUCCCGUUAUACGCUAGGACUCGAUCGUCCGAGGCCGAAGCAAAUGGUCCAAACAGGCCGACGGUCAUCGCCCUUUUUGCGGCAGUUGUCACAUGUUUUUUUUAUGUUCUUGGUGACAGAACAUUUGUCUGAGAUGGGGGAUGAUCGACCCUUUGUAUGCAAUGCCCCUGGAUGUGGGCAGAGAUUCACAAAUGAAGAUCACCUGUCAGUCCACAAACACAAACAUGAAAUGACAUUGAAAUUUGGUCCUGCCAGAACAGACUCUGUUAUCAUUGCAGACCAGACUCCCACACCCACACGUUUCCUGAAGAACUGUGAGGAGGUUGGAUUAUUCAAUGAGCUAGCCAGCUCCUUUGAACAGGAGUUUUGCAAAGCACACGAAGAUGAGCAGAGGAUAAAACACCCAGUGAGAAAAAUGACGAAUGCUGCACCUUUACAAACUCCAUCUGAAGCAAAAGAUGAGGAUGAGGGUCCUUUACAAGUUGAUUCUUCCUCUCCCGGAAGUCCGGAUUCCUCGUCCAGCAUGUCAGAUGACAGUAGAGACUCGAGGGUGAGAGGCAAGGAGAUUCUCACAAAGCCUGUGGCAAGCUCUGCCCCCACUCCGACUAUCGUGCGUCCAGGUUCUCUUCCUCUUCACAUGAGUAAUGACCCACUACACCCAACUCUGCCGUCUCCAACAUCUGUCAUCACGCAAGCUCCACCCUCCAACAGACAGCUUGGCUCCCCAACAGGCUCUUAUCCACUUGUGAGGCACCUACCCAAUGGGCAGACAGUCCCUCUCCUGCCCAGUCCUGUGCAGAUGACCUCAGUUAUAUCUCUUGCACGGCCAGUGAACUCAGUGCCAAACAUCCCCGGGAUUCCAGGACCUCCAAUUGGAGGGGCCAGCAGUGGGUCGUCCUCCCCGUCUGGGUAUAGCCUGCACUCCGAGACCAAGAUGCGACUGAAGGCCGUUCUAACUCAUCAGGGCCCAGGCGCACAAGAUGGAGCUGGUGGGGGUGCAGGAUCCAUCCCUGCUGUCCCUCAGCGGCAGGAACAGAGCCAGCAACCCACUCAAAACUCUGAUGCACCGUCACCUGCCCAACCCCAGGUGUCCCCUGCUCAGCCAACAGGAGGCCGGCGGCGGCGAGCUACAGAAAUGGACCCUGACGAGAGGAGGCAGCGUUUUCUGGAGAGAAACCGGGCAGCCGCUUCCCGCUGCAGGCAAAAACGGAAGAUAUGGGUUAACUCUUUGGAGAAGAAGGCAGAUGAUCUCGCCAACAUGAAUGUGUCCCUGACGAAUGAAGUUACCCUACUGAGGAAUGAGGUGGCCCAGCUGAAGCAGCUCCUCCUGGCCCACAAAGACUGCCCUGUCACUGUCAUGCAGAAGAAGGCAGCGUUCUUAGCUGCAGGAGGAGAGGAAACCUCCAGGGAUACUUCCACUGAACCCAUCGGCUCCCCGGCGGCAGUUAUCCAGCACGGGCCAUCACCUCCCGCCUCGGCAUCCAGUCCAGGGGCCACCAUCAACGGGCUGAGCGUCCGCGCUGCAGAGGCGGUGGCUAUGUCGGUCUUGGCCGGCAUGGGAUCGGGCCAUCCGGGAGGGAUUGUAAUGACGUCGCAGUCACAGUCAGCCCCAAGAUGAUGUGCUGACGCAGGUGGCCAGUAUGAACUUGAGUGGCAUUUGGAGGCCGGACUAGUGCAAAGUAUUUGAAAAGAGGGACCCGCCCUCAACCCCAGACUAAGAUACUCUCCUCCCCUCACAGCCAAUGAUAAUCACACAAAGACACGGCACAGUGCCUCCGUCAACCCUCCAGUCCCAGCAGGCUCCCUGUUCAGAAAGCUUCGUCACUCUCUGUAUGUAAAUAUGAAUAACACGUCGGACACUCACUCUGCAGGGUUUGGGGUCAUUUCUUGUUCAGGUAUGGCAGUUGGAAAAGGUUUUAGAUUGGGAUGAAAAGUAUGAAAAGUGUUUUUGUGAAAAUUUGUUUUCAUUUCACUUAAAAAUGCAUCUUCAGUCCAACUUUGUCCCACACACUGGCUGUGAUGAGGUUGGUUGCUUUACAGGCUGAUAAUUUUACUAGUAUUUUUAAUUUGGAAGAAAAUACUUUUAUGCCUGAUACUGGUUGUUUUCAUAAUGUUUUGCUGAUGCAGUGAAAGUACAGUGAGAGAUUGGCUGGCUGAUUGCAGUAAAAGGCAACCUGGAGAGUGUUGCUAAUGCUCUUUUUUUUGUUUACUUUUCAACAUGUCCUUAAGUUUUCUGUCUGUAUCUCCCUUUUGAGUUUGUUCUCCUUAAAUACACAUGAUGGUUUAGUCAGCUGACUGAAUAAUAACCAAAUUGUAGAUGUGUACACAGUUUGCCCUGUGAGUGUGUGCCUGACUUUUUUUACCACCCUUUUUAAGCCAUUUUGGAAUGGAUGUCAUUACAUUAGUCGUGUAUGUAUCAAACCCUAUUGACUGCAUGGUUUACUCAAGGCUGAAGAAUACCACUGUUUGUAUCACCAUACUAUCACUGUAUAUUGAUCUGCUUUUCUUCUGUUUUAUAGCAUCAAAUUAUCAAUGCAAAAAUUAUCAUUGUUAUGUAAGGAUUCCAUCCUCAGUCCUAAUGUAACACCCUUGAAAUGGUUAGCUUUAGAAGGCCUUUAAAUCAGAAUCAAACAUAAUAGAUUUUAAAUAAUUUUCCAUGGCAUUUCAGUUAAGGAAAGAGUAGUGCAAUAUAUUUUUCUAUUGAAUAUCAAUGUUCUUGCAUUUAGCUGACAUGUGUAGGCCGCUUAGAGGGGCUUGGUCUAUUUCAGUUGAAAGCUAAAGAUAUGAGGUGACCAGAGAAAAUGUGAAGAUGAAUAUUCUUGAAUGAAUGAGAUAGGUGAUUAGUGCACAUCUGUAUUGAAUUACAGAUGUCCUAGUCUUCGGUGCUUUCCAACAUUUGAAAAGCCGUCUUGUAUCAUGAAGCAGACUUAAUACUUGUGCGAGGUGCUUCUUUUGAAAUUUAAGUUUUGAAACGCUUUUUAUUUUAUACCACAUUGUACUUCCAAGACUAUCAUGUUGUUUUUUCCCCUUUUCACUCUGGAUGUUUUUUUUAUAACAUGUCUUUGUUUGUAAGAUGUUUAUUUUUUUUCUGUGGACAUGUUAGGUUUUUUCCAUCAUGUGUUAGUAUGUCCCUUUAUUUUGGUAAAGAGGGUAGAUGUCUUAGCUGUUUAACAGAUGUUGAACCACAUGAAAAAAAUGUCUCAAAGAUCUCUGUAUGGAGGGAGUUUGUCAAAUACUCAGGCCUCAAGAUGGGAAAAAUUACUUGUGUAUAGUCUCAACUAAUGAAUAUAUUGUCUCUGGCAAAUAAUAAAAUAAAUUAAUGAAAAAGAAAA